AUGUACACGAUUGUGCCGCUGUCGGAGCCGGAGCGCGCGGCGUGGCGGCUGCGCGAGGCGUGGCUGUGCGGCGGCGCGCUGUCUCCGCUGCCCGCGGCGCUGCUGUCCUCGCGGCUGGGGCCGUCGCGUGUCGCCGGCGCCGCGCUGCUGGCCGCCGGUCUGCUGCAGCCGCUGACGCCGCUCGCCUGGCUCACCGCCUACCACUGGCUGCUCUGCGCCGCGCAGGGCUUCGCCGUGGGCGCUGUGUGGCCUUCCCUACACGCCCUAGGAGCUGCCUGGUACCCUCCUCUUCAGCGCACCGGAUACAUCGCUCUUUAUUCCAGUGCGGCGUUGGGCCCGGUGCUGGCUUCGUGUCUGGGCUGGUGGCUGGGCCGCGAUGGGCUGGGCUACGCGCUGUCGCUGUCGUCGCUGCUGUGGUUCCUGGCCUGGCAGCAGAUGGUGCGCGACCGCCCGCACCAACACCCCAGACUUUCGCCCGAUCAGUGCUCCAGCCUCGCUGCCGCUAUCGGACCUUCCUUCUCCAGCGGACCGCCGCCGGCCGUGCCGUGGCGUCGCCUGCUGACAUCGGGGCCGAUCUGGGCGUGUGCUACCGCCGUGGCCGGCAGUCUUUGGGGACGCGCCGCACUUCUGCUGGCAGCCACGAAGUACCUGCGCCACGUGUACGGCUUCGCCCUCACGUAUGACCGCGUGCUGUCGGUGCUGCCACACGUGGGACACGUGGCGACGGCGGUGCUACUGGCUGGCCUGGUGGACAAGGCGCGCGCGCAGUCGCUCGUCUCCACCACCACGGCGCGGCGACUCAUCGUCUACAUUGCGCACCUUCCGGCCAGCGCUUUGCUGUUCGUGCUGGGCUACAGCGGCUGCGAUCCCGCCGUGCCCGCAGCCCUGUACACGGCCGCCGUCGUCGUCACGGGAGCCACCCCCGCCGGCGCCAUCGCCAGCUGCAUGGACCUGGCGCCCAACUUCGCAGGCGUGGUGCUGGCGGUCAGCCAGACGGUGGGCGCCGCGUCCUCACUGGCUGCCGCAUACGUCGUCAGCGAGGGGCUUCACGGGGCGCUGCCUGGCUCUUGGCGGAUGGUGUUUGGCGUGUCAGCGCUGGUGCUCACGUUCACGGGCAUCAUCUUCAUGGCUCUGGGCAGCGGCAGCGUGCAGCCAUGGAACUUCGUGGCGAGCGACAUGCAGCAUCAGCAGCAGGCGCAACCGUCGCCCUCUGUACCGGCCACGCCCUCCCCUCGCCAGCAGCAGCCGCGGGAGCAGCAGCAGCAGCAGCAACAGCAACAGCAACAGCAACACACAGAGUCCGCGCCGCAGCCGCUAGAGGUCUCCACCAUGAUGAUCGCGCCGGCCACUGGGGGCUGCAUCGUCUGAGUGCGACGUCAGCCACGAACCCACCGUCCAUCGCUCCCAUGCCCUGUGACGCAACAUUUUCGCUUCAGUGGAUAGCUUUUAAUGGUAAUUUCUCUGGCGUUUUCAAUCAGUUGUCAGGCUGCAAAUGCGUGCAGGUCACGACACCGGUAGGGAAUGCCCACUGCAGUGGAUUUGAAACGUCCCCUUUGAACAAUUAUACAGGACUGUGCUUAAACUGACACGUGUACAAUAUUUUGUUAGCGCAACGCAAUCUGACUUUCAAUAAUCCCUACAAAAGAAUGGGCCCUGACUAACAUUAAACUAUACCUUUCACAAAUCA